GGUUGUACAUGCCGCCUGAGUCACGGAAAAUUUAAUUAGUCAAUGCAUAUUCUGAUCAAAUACUUCACUUUAAAAUACUACACCUAACUUUCAACUUAGUCGAGUUUCUCAGACAAAAUUAAGUCAAGUUUCUCGUAAAAAGUUUUAUUGUUUUCUGAUUUUAACAAGAGAUGAGUCAUCAGAACAUAUAUUCCACACUCUUUCGACGUCGUAAUGUGUUCGUUUUUCUACUAUUUGGCUCAUUGUUACUAACGUGUACUAUGUGUUCGUUUUUUAACCUCUCACCGAUGGAUCAUGUCUAUAGGGCGAUACAUCUACGACAACAUGAAGUACCUUUCCCAACUUCGUCAGAUAGGCUGAUGGGACCAUUAUUUACACAAAGAAUCCCAGACAGUGAAUUUUACAUUCCAAAUUACACUAUGCCUCCAAAAACAAGAGUCACGGACGCGAGACGUUGUGUGUUUUACAUCGAAAAUUUACAAGAUUCGUACAAUCUUUGUGAUAAAAUUCACGUUAUAAUUGAAGCACGUGAUCAUUUUAACUAUCAGAAGCGUAAAGGAGGUGACUACUUUCGCGCCAAAGUUUAUAGCAUUACGUCAUUGGCGAGUGAGUCUACUGACGGGGAAAUAGUAGACCACGAAAACGGUACCUACAGUGCGUUCUUCACCCUUCGAUGGAGCGGGCCUACAUACAUUGAGGUGAAACUAAUACACAGCAGUGAAGCAAUAACAGCAAUAAACAGAGUCCAAGCAAUUUACCCCGUUAGGAUGGCGUACGAUGGAAAGUUUCAAAUCGGAGACAUAAUUCACACUAUGAGGUGUCAUGUUGAGUUGUCGUCCACAAAGGAACUCUGCAACUACACUGAUGUGAGAACUGGGGAGCCAUGGUUUUGUGAAAAACCCAUUGACUUGCCCUGCACAGCGUUGAUGCUUCAUAGAGGAAACUUGAAUAAGGGUAGAAUCGACACGUUAUCGAAAUUUACGUCAGAAGAAAGAUUAUUUUUUAGACCAAAAACGAUCAUUGGUGCAAUCAAAAUAUUCGUGAACACUUCAGAUGAGAAGACAUUAUGCGAAGAGUCACCAACUAUAUGCCAACCUAUACUGCAUUCAGCUAAAGCCGACCAACAAUUAGCCUCUGGCUUUUAUUUCAAUGAUAGCUGGCACUCUAAUGACUGCCGCCUUCAAAAUAUUGAUGUCCAAUCAAUUUCAACCUCAAAAUGUUUGACGAAUAAGCAGUUUUAUUUUUACGGAGACUCGACAGUUCGACAGUGGUUUGAAUACCUGGUUCAAUAUUUACCAGAUACAUCUCAAAUUGACAUUCCAGGAGUGAACGCAAAGGGCGGACCUUUAAUUGCAAAAUCUGAAAAGUACAAUAUCAAAUUAUUCUACCGCCACCACGCGUAUCCGAUUCGUAACAGCUGGAUGCGUGUAGAAGAUAUCAAAUGGACAGCCAAUGAAAUUGACCAAAUUAACGCAGACGGUAAUACUGUCAUCUGUAUAAAUAUGUUUGCACAUUUUGUACCGACAAGUAUCGACGUUUACCGACGACGAUUAUUAACAAUAAAAUCAGCAUUGUUAAGAUUAUUCAAAAGAAGUCCGAAGACACUGGUGUUCUUCAAAAGUGCAAACACAAGGGAUUAUCACGGACCCGAGGGGUCGGUGAAUUACGGGGAUUGGUUAGCACUUCAGUUGGACCAAGAAAUGCGGUUGGUUAUGGAUUGUGUUCCAAAUCUUACAAUUAUUGACGUCUGGGACAUGACGAAUUGUCAUAGGACAGGAGAAGUUAUUCAUCCACAUCAGCUGGUCAUCAGGGAAGAAAUAAAUGUCCUACUGUCAUUCAUUUGUAGGCCUACUUGAUUGAUCUGAAUUCCGUGUAAUUAUUGGAACUUUGAUUUGGUUUGUUUCAAUACACAUUAUAGGCCUAAAAUUCAAGGCAUGGGGAAAGCUACAGCGAGCAACAAUGAUCGGGAUGCAAGUGGGACACGUUUCAUGCACUGUCUUGUAGUAAAUGGUUUACCAGUUAAAGUAGUUGAUGAAGAAUAAUUAAGAAUUGGUUUUUCCAAAUGUAUCCUCCAAAUGUAUCACCUCACUCACUAUUCAAAAAAUCCUAUAGGCUUACUUAUCCAUAGUUUGCAAGGCAAAGAUAUCAAAGAUAUUGGAGAUGUACCUUGGUGGUUAAGAUGCUUGCCUUUAAAUCCCAGGGUCCGGGUUCAAAUCCUCGGACAGCGCAAUAUUUUUUCUCACUACGAAGAAACUUCUACGCUGAUAAAGCAUUAUAUUAGGCCCGGACUUCAGUUAUUUAAGAGGGCCCCUAAAUACCCUUCUAGGAGACGCUGAAGGGUUAUCAUCUAUAAAUUUGGUUUAAAAAAAGGUAGCUGAAUUGAGUAGUCAUAUAGUAUUCAGUAAGUACAGUAAAUAAGGAAUCAAUUUUUACAGUACUUUUAGGACUAAAGAUAUGAUUUUAUUCACGAGCUUUCGCCCCGAUCAUAAUGGGUAGUAAAAGUCUUAAUUCGUCUAAAGACGUUUCUCUCAGAAUUCGUCUAAGGCGUUUCUUUUACAUGGUUUUAAAUUGUAUCGAUUGUAUCGUAGAUUUCGGAUUUCACUCAGCUACAAAACGAUUUGAAAUGUAGAAAUCAGGUAAAUAUAGAUAGAUAGAAAACAGCAGCUUUUUCGCACUGCGCCAGUGCCGAUAUCCACUGCCGUUUAAUUUAUCUCAUAAAAACGUAACUUCCGGAAUAACGAAGAAAUAUUCGUCGGAAUAAUUAUUUCGUCAUCAGCAAACUUGUACGCAGUAGUGCGACUCGACCAUGACUCGACACAGGUUUCUGUGGUCAGCCUUACCCCAAGUAUGGCGGGAAUUUUUAUGUUUAGUGUUUCGUAUGACAGCAUAGCCGUCGGAAGCAUUUUGCAAAUGGUCCGGCCAUUAAAGUGAGAGCGGGGUUUGGGAGUUGGGGUGGCACUUAGCAAAUCUGGUAGUAACUGAAAAGUGGAGACCCACUACA